GUCGGAGCGUCUUUGUCAAGUGCAGCAUCGAAUUCAAACUUGUCAACAGGAGAUUUCAAGCUCACGAUUUCUUCCUCUGAUGCAGUGCUGCAAUGGUAUGGACAGACCUACUGGAAACUUUCAACUGAUACAAAAGUUUUUAAGAAUUCAAAUAAUAUGGUGGAAUACAUGGCCGUAAACAAUUCUGGGUUUUAUCUAUUUGGAGAUGGUGGAACAGCUUUUCAACUGGGAUUGCCACUGGCUAAUUUUCGAAUUGCCACGUUGGGUUCCUCUGGGUAGUUCACUAUCAACAGCUUUUCUAUCGCUUUCUUGACGCAGGAGUUUGUGGGGCCAGUUGAUGGUUGUCAAACUCCCUUGGCUUGCGGAAGAGCAGGGUUAUGCACUAAGAGCACUGAUUCCUCUUCACCUGUUUGUUCUUGUCCCCCUAACUUCCGCGUAGGCUCAGGUACUUCUGGUGGUUGUGUGCUGAGCAAUGGAUCCCAUUCCUUGUCACUUGCUUGCGAAAAUUCUUCAGUUGUUUCGUUUUCUAAUAUAGGGUAUGUUCAAUACUUUGGCACUUUUUACUCGGAUCCGGUUAUGUAUAAAGGGGAUUUAUCUUCCUGUCAAAAAUUUUGUUCCAAUAACUGUUCCUGCUUGGGAAUUUUGUAUAAAAACACAUCUGGUUCUUGCUACACGAUUGAGAAUGAGUUGGGGUCCAUUCAGGCAAGUGAUGGAGAUAACAGAGACAUGUUGGGGUUUAUUAAAAUUAACGUUGUUGAAUCUAAAACUGGUACUGACGAUGAUAGUGGUAAUAAGCAAAUUUCUCAAAAUGGGGGAUUUCCUGUGGCAGUAGCGGUGGUGUUACCUAUUAUUGGAUUCAUUAUUUUGAUGGCCAUAAUUUUCCUUGGGUGGAGAAGAUUGAUUCUUCUGUCAAAGAUUAAAGAAGUGAAACUAGGGAAAAACUCACCUUCUUCAGGGGACUUGGAUGCCUUCUACAUUCCUGGAUUACCUGCAAGGUUUGAUUAUGAAGAGCUUGAGGAAGCCACAGAAAACUUCAAGACUCUUAUUGGGUCAGGUGGGUUUGGAACUGUGUACAAGGGUGUGCUUCCUGACAAAUCUGCUGUAGCAGUAAAGAAAAUAGUGAACAUAGGUAUUCAAGGGAAGAAAUAUUUCUGCACUGAGAUCGCUGUCAUUGGAAACAUCCACCACGUGAACUUGGUCAAACUGAAAGGCUUUUGUGCUCAAGGGAGACACCGGUUGUUGGUUUAUGAGUACAUGAACCGUGGAUCCCUAGACCGAAACCUCUUCGGUGGUGGACCCGUGUUAGAAUGGCAAGAGAGGUUUGAUGUGGCGCUUGGAACAGCGCGUGGACUUGCUUACCUUCACAGUGGCUGUGAGCAGAAGGUUAUCCAUUGUGAUAUCAAACCCGAGAACAUUCUCUUGCAAGAUCAGUUUCAGGCUAAGAUAUCUGAUUUUGGACUCUCCAAACUCCUCAGCCCCGAACAGUCCGGUCUGUUCACAACAAUGAGAGGCACACGUGGUUAUCUUGCUCCAGAGUGGCUCACCAACUCUGCCAUUACAGAGAAAACUGACGUGUAUAGCUUUGGAAUGGUGCUUCUUGAACUCGUCAGUGGAAGAAAGAACUGUUAUUUCAGGUCAAGAAGCCAUAGCAUGGAUGAAAGCAACAGUGGUGGAGGCCAUUCCUCGACAUCAUCAACAACUGGGUUGGUUUAUUUUCCUCUAUUUGCAUUGGAGAUGCAUGAACAGAAGAGUUACCUGGAGUUGGCUGAUCCAAGACUAGAAGGACGUGUGACAUAUGAAGAACUGGAGAAAGUGAUUCGCAUUGCCUUAUGUUGCGUUCAUGAAGAACCUGUACUGAGGCCAAACAUGGUGACUGUUGUUGGUAUGUUGGAAGGUGGGACUCCAUUGCCAUAUCCGAGGAUAGAAUCUUUGAACUUCCUGCGCUUUUAUGGGCGAAGGUUUACUGAGGCUUCCACAAUAGCGGAAGAAAAUGAGUAUGGUUCU